AUGGAAGCUUCGCAGAGAAAAGGCCAAAUCAGAUUUGUGGGUAAGCUCUUCUCUGGGUUUUCUCUCCCCUUUUAUCUCUAUGCAAAACUCAUUUUCAAGACUGGAAGCUAUGAAAGUUUCUUCAACUUCUCCAAUCUCCAGAGGUUCCUGAGGGAUGAUGGUUUUGUUGAAGAUAUGGAAUUUUGCAUAGAAGUUCAUACAUGGAUCAAGGUUGAAUAUUGUGCUUUGCAAAUGGAACUCAUAGCUAAGGUACUGUUGACAUUGUUGGAGCCAAAAGGUUGGAUUCAUUCUCACCAAGCUAAUCAAUCGAUCCAGAGGUUAGUGAUGGUACCCUUGUGUCUUGUUCUACUGCUCAUUCUGGUGCAGAGAUUUUACAACUCAGAGAAUUGGAAUCAUGGCUGGACCUCUCUCCAGUUUACUGAAGCAAUGUUUGUCCUGAAUAAACUUCUAAAGCUAAAAACUAACGAGUGCAAGAACUGCAAGGUAAAAAAAUCCUAAGAGCAUCUUCAACCUAGACUUCAAAUUUGGGAAUGUCAAUUUUUUUUUCUUGGGCUUAUGCGACAAAAUUUGACAUCUUUAAAAUGUACACUCCAACCACCAUGUCAAAUUUACUAGUUUAGGAAGUUUUAACCGGUAAAGAAAUCAAAGAAAAUUUGACGUGAGAGAGAUAUCAAAUGACACCUAGACAAUUGGCAUCUUGGUUAGAAUUGAUUCAAAUGCCGAUUCAUCCACUUGGCAUGCCAUUUCAAACUUCACGUCUGGCUUGGAGAUGCUUAGACCAAGUUUGAGAGGAGGAUUAUCUCAGUUUUGAUAUUAUGCUUGUUGCAAUUCUUUUUAGUACCAGUUGUUAUUGUCCUUGCCUUGUUCUGCUUAAUUGUUUUUGUUUGGUUUGUACUGGUUGAACUUUGUAGCUUUGACCUUAAGUUUAUCAAUGUGAUAAUUUACUUUUUCUAAAAGGGAAA